UGAGAGACAUGAAACUUGUCUGACAUUUCUGAGAAAGACAACUGAGUUACAUGAAGGCAGGUUGAAUACAUGGACUCUCACACACUGAAGAAUGAGCUUUCGAGACUUUCCACUAUACCUCAUGGAAACUUUGAAAUGCUGGAGUUCACUACAUGAAUACAUUUUUGUGUUUAUGUUCCUUAUAACAGUCAGCAAAGGGUCAGCAUGUGAGGCUCCCUCCACUCCUGAGUGCUUCAAAAGAAACACAGAAUGCUCCGGAAGAAGCGCAGAAAAAUGCUCCGUCUACAUAUGUGAAUGGAGCAUGAAUACGACUGAUAGCAAUGUGACAUUUGACCUUUACGUUCAUAAAAAAAAAUUCAGGAGCAACAAGAAGACGUGUGAGCUCAUCGAGGAACGACUUAUCACUUCACGCCCUGUUAACAUUUCGGUAAUAGCUCACGUAGGAAACUCCAGCUGCUCGUCGACCAGGAGGUCUGUUACACUCAAGCACACAGUUAAGUAUGAAGCACCACAAAAUAUUUCCAUGUCCUGGUUAAAAAACAACCUCAACUUAAGCUGGCCAGCUGCAGAGAAGCAUCCAGCUUUAGCCGAGAUCCGGUUCCGACGCGAUGAACACCCCACAGAAUCAUGGGAAAAAAGAACAACAAACACCUUCAGUGACGAUGUUAUGUACCAUGUCAUUGUUGUGAGUCUGUUGAAGGAUUCGGCUUUCCAGGUUCAAAUCAGACAUCGUUCCACUAAGGUCCUUAACCCACUGUGGAGUGACUGGUCUCCAGUUGUGACUGUUCCUGCAGAGCUUGAACAAAAACCUGAAGUCGACAUGACAACACGACUCUUAAAUGGCACUCGAGAGGUGACGCUAACAUGGAAGCCGAUGCCACAUGCAGCUGCAGUCAGAGGAGUGACGUACAGCCUGGAGGACACACAGUCUUCUAAUGGAUGUCCUUGUGAGAAAAACAGACAUCCCAUCAACAAGACUAAACACACUAUUUAUGUCUCGCUCUCUGCCGUCAACAUCUCUGUUAUCGCCAGAAACGCAGCAGGGUAUUCUCCACCAGAAAUCAGACAAGUAGCAGCCGAACCUGCUGCAGAUUUAAAAAUUUGUGACAAAACGUUACUGCAUGAAAAGUUAAAUCACAAAACUUGCCUUGAGUGGUACGAGCUUCAAGAUGGAGAUUCAAGGCCAGAAAAUGUGAACAUCAUGAAGAAAAAACAGAGGGAGCAAAUAAGAAUGAACAUAACGGACUACGUUCGCUACCUUUACUUUGAACACAGAUGUGAUGGUGGGAGACCACAGACGGUUAAAAUGUGCCUCUUUUAUCAAAAAGAGGGAGUUCCACUCAGAGAACCUCAGGACUUCAGGACUUUUAGUGAAACACACACUUCUGCUAACUUGUCUUGGAAAGCGAUUCCCUCUGUGGACCAGCGAGGUUUCCUCACACACUACAGCCUCUGCAGCGUGAAAAUCAGCUCACAGGAUGAGCCCAAAGAGUGCCGCAACAUAUCAGCCUCACUGACAAAACACCGUCUGGAAAACUUGACACCGGGAGCGAAAUACAACAUCAGCCUGGUUGGAGUGACACGAGUGGGACAGGGACCUGAAGCCACAGUAACUAUCAGCACGUCCCCAGAGAACCCCGUGAAUGUGUGGUGGAGUCUCGGCUUGCUGUUGCUGUUCUUUUUCAUCACAACAAUGGGCACCUGUAUCUUGAAGAGAAUCAAAAACAAGAUCUUCCCUCCUGUGCCGACACCUGUUAUUCCAGAUUUCAGCCCUUAUCAAGCAGAGUGUCAGGAGUGCCUGGAGAGAAAGGAGGAGGUGGAGGAAGUGCAUGAGCUGACGCUGCACCAGUAUCCAGAGAGCAGGUCUGUCCCUGAGGACGCAGAGGAGACCACUGUCCUCACAGGAGAGUGGGACGACGGCACUGACGAGGAUGUGGAGAACGAGAGGGGGGAUUCAAGGAUGUCAGGAGGAACCAGUGAUGAGUGUGUGAGUCCCGGCUCCACAGAUGAGGCACUGAGGAGCUCCAGAGACGGAGAAAUGACAGAUCUCGAACAGGUGGACAACGAGAUCGCCAUGCUGAUAUACAAGAAUGGUUUGGUCUUCGAUGUGAAGACGGACUCGCCUUGAAAUGGAUUUAACUGAGGGUUUUACCACCUCACAGCACCAAACAUGUCAAGGGUCGACAUAUUUGUUGAUUUAUACUAAAGACUAGACGAACAGUUUUAUCUUUUUGAACAUAUAAAAGGAUCAAAUGAAAUGAAAAAGGAUCUGCAGAAUCAUAUACUUAUGAGGAAGAUUUUUGUUUAAUGUUCAUGUAUGUUGAAUUAUCGCUCAUAGUCUUUGUCAUUGCACGCUGUCAGUAAACCUUUUUCUAGCUUUGGAUAGCACAUCCUGGAUCAGACUUUUAUGAUUUUUGUAAUUUUUAGGUGUUUCCAGACAAAAAAAUUCUCAACAACUAUUGGUUGGAUUGCCAUGAAAUCUCAUUCAUGAUCCCCAGAGGAUGAAUCCUAAUGACUUUAGUGAUCCUCUGUUUUUUCCUUUUGCCCCACCAGCAGGUCAAAGUUUCACGUAUCCAGUGAAAUAUUUCAAUAUCUGCUAGAUGAAUUGAAUUUUUUGUUCAGACAUUCAUGGUCCUUAGAGGAUGAAUCUGUCGCAAACUGGCUCGGGGAAUGUGACAACCUUUCAAGGUUAUACAUAAAAACCAAACAUAAUUUAUUAAACUAAGGUUAACUCAAAUGAAUAAGUGUGUAGUGUGUAGAUCAGCAAUGUCAGCAAAUGAAAGUAGAGCAUGGUUGUGUGGCAUUAUGUGCUGUGGAGGCGAUGAAGGUGCAGAACGAAAAGAAGGUGACGCUGGGUGGAUGUGGCUGUAAGACGGGGCAAGAAAUAACAUAUGGCGCAGAUUUUAUGGUGCCUUCAAUUGGUGUCAUGUUUUCCGUGUCCAUAUGAAAUCUUGUGGUAUUCACAACCUCGUGAAUGGAGAGAAGUGGAGAGUUUCUGAAAGCUCCGAGUUCACGACUUGUGACGUGUUUGUUGACGUUGUCAGAAAUGGCGGAGGCCACUAGGGGUU